AUGCUUGAUGUGCUCCAUGUACAGAUCAAAGUACAUGGCAGUGUGCACGGCGUCGUCGAGGCGGUGAUACGCCCGCCAGCUCUCGCGCAGGUAGAGAAGCUUCGCACAGUAGAUUUCAUGCCGCGCGGCAGCGUACCGCACGACGUACGUGCCACCAGUCGGAGCAAGGUCUUGCACCAUCUGCUCGCACAGCGCCGCCUGCGGGAGCGCGAACUGCGCCGUCUCGAUCAGCGAGGCGUCCAUGUGGCAGGCCUGCUGUGCCUGCGCGAGCAGUCCCAUCGAGCGCAGAUACUUCACUCCACUCCCGAGCUCGUGCUUGCCCACCGACCACUCGUUCUUGGCGUGAGCAAAGUGCGCCUGUGCCAUCUUAAGCGCCGCGGCAUACUUCCCGGCGGCAAUAUGAGCGUGCACGAGGGACUCGAGGGCGCUCUGCCUGCACAUGAGCCACCGCAUCGCGAGCGCCACGUCGCGCUCCUCGUUAGCACAGCGCUCCGCUUCGACAAACCGUGGCGUGCGGCCGCGCAGACAUUGCUGUACGCGCACGUGCAAGACCUCCACCCACGCCACGUGCAACAUGAACGACACCAAUUCUUCCUCGAGUGA